CGUCGUGUCGCAGCUUCUUCUUCUGUCCAUGUGAAGGUUAGUAAGAGACACUUUUCACUGUUUGUUCAUCUUGUUAGUUUAGUUCAGUAGAAAGAGCAGAAAACUCUACUAACAGUCAACUGAGAACCAACAUGGAGGAAGAGUUUCCUCCAUCUUACUGUCAGUGUGUCACUGUUCAAAGUAAUCAGAGUACUCACUGACAGUACUCAGAGUACUCACUGUAUGAUUUCUGUCUGUCUUUAUGAGCUCACCUUAUCAAUGUAGUUGAAGUAUGUAAAGUGAAAGUAGUCAGUGUACAGAAUGGCCUCUGUCAGUGUUGUAUUAUUAUAUUAGUGGAUGAUUAUUAUUGAUGCAUUAACAUGUAAUCACUACUUUAAUGUUGGAGUUGCUGCAGGUGGAGCCAAUAUGAACUACUUCAAAUACUUUUGGCUGCUUCAAUGUAAAAUAAUGAACUCUAUUUUAUAAACUGAUCCCAUGUUUGAAAAGUAAGCAGGAAGUAAAGCUGUCAGAUAAAUGCAGCUCCAUGAGGCCAUCUAGUGGACUGAUAGUAGAAGUAGAGCAGCUGAUGGCAGCUUUCUGCUCUCAUUCUUCCUCAACACUGACCAAUGAGAACAAGCAGCAUCUCCUCUGGCCAAUAACUAACCACUAUUGAUCCAUGUAUUGAUUAGUUUGCAAUGUGUGACAGUGAUGAGAAAAGGCCAUCAGUAGUUCCCAGAGUUCACAGUCAUGUUUUCUAACUGCUUCUUUAGUCUGAGCAACAGUCCAACAAGACAAAGGGAUUCAACUGACACUGAGAGGAAACAGAGAGAAGCAGCCAAUCAGUGGAGAAGCAGCUGAUAGUUUUACAGGAGAAAUGAUGUAAAUCAGUGGUUUCCAACCUGAGGGUCGGGACCCCCACUAGUGGUCACCAAAGCUUCAUGGGGGGUCUGUAGGUCGGCCUGUAUCUCAGCAUCUGGUUCACUUCUGUGAAGAAAAGUCAAUGUAAAGUAAACUGUCUAAUAGAUCGAUGACAGAUAAUGAAGAUGAAUAGAUCAGGGACAAGAAAACAGUGAAUUUGUCCAAAAAGAAGCAUAUUAAGUAUUUAUGAUUGUUAAAAAUGAUAAAAGAUACAUAACACAGACAAACUGUAUAAAAAGUUCCCUAAACAGGAAAUAAUCUGCUCAGAAUUCAUCAGAAUGAGUUCAAUAUUUGGGUUGAUUGUACAGUUUUGGAUAUAAUAUGAAAUAUGUAUAAAGUAUGUCCCUCAGUCAGGGGUCGUCAGUUUACUCAGUGAUAGAAAAAGGUUGGGAACCACUGAUGUAAAGGAUGAAUGAGUGAUGAUGAGUUCUCAGUGCUGAUCAGUGAUUGGACUGAUGCUUUCAGCUCUGCUCUCAGUGUUUCCUCUACAGAUGAAGGUAGAAAGUCUCUGGGAGCUGAUGUGGAUGUGAAUUCAGCAGCAGCUGCCAAGGUUGCUGUGUCUGUGUGAAGGUGUGGGCUCUGUUAUGGAUCAGUGUGAGGACAGAGAGGAGGGGGUCCCUCCCUCUAAAAAACAAAAGUGUGGGGAACAUGACACAAGGACCAAAGCUCAGAGGAUCCAUCAGAGACCAGACUGUCCUGAACCUGAACCCAGCUGUGUGUCCAUCAAGAGUGAUGACUCAAAGGUUCUUCCUAUAAACUUCAAAGAUGGCCGCCACUCUGUUGAUCAAAGAGUGGACCAGGAGAGCUCAGAGGUUCCCAGUGGUCAGUCUGCCCAGCAGCAUCAAACACACCUGGACUCCAUAUUUAUGCUGCUGGAGGACAACAUUGUCACUUUUGUGAAGAACGAGCUGAAGAAGAUCCAGAAGGUUCGGAGUUCAGAUUACCCAGAAUGCUUAGAGAGUCAGAGGGAGGAUGAGGAGGUGUUGGAUGGUGAGGAUGAAGAGCAGAGGAGGAGCAUCAGAGAGGCAUUUCUGAAGAUCACACUGCUCUUCCUGAGGAGAAUGAAGCAGGAGGAGCUGGCUGACUGUCUGCAGAGCAAACAUCUCGUUGGAGUUUGUCAGCGUGAACUUAAAUCUAACCUGAAGAAGAAGUUCCAGUGUGUGUUUGAGGGGAUUGCUAAAGCAGGAAACCCAACCCUUCUGAACCAGAUCUACACAGAGCUCUACAUCACAGAGGGAGGGACUGCAGAGGUCAAUGAUGAACAUGAGGUCAGACAGAUUGAAACAGCAUCCAGGAAACCAAACAGACCAGAAACAACAAUCAGACAAGAAGACAUCUUUAAACCCUCACCUGGAAGAGAUGAACCAAUCAGAACAGUGAUGACAAAGGGAGUGGCUGGCAUCGGGAAAACAGUCUUAACACAGAAGUUCACUCUGGACUGGGCUGAAGACAAAGCCAACCAGGACCUACAGUUCACAUUUCCAUUCACUUUCAGAGAGCUGAAUGUGCUGAAAGAGAAAAAGUACAGCUUGGUGGAACUUGUUCAUCACUUCUUUACUGAAACCAAAGAAGCAGGAAUCUGCAGGUUUGAAGAGUUCCGGGUUGUGUUCAUCUUUGACGGUCUGGAUGAGUGUCGACUUCCUCUGGACUUCCACAACACUGAGAUCCUGACUGAUGUUACAGAGUCCACCUCAGUGGAUGUGCUGCUGACAAACCUCAUCAGGGGGAACCUGCUUCCCUCUGCUCGCCUCUGGAUAACCACACGACCUGCAGCAGCCAAUCAGAUUCCUCCUGAGUGUGUUGACAUGGUGACAGAGGUCAGAGGGUUCACUGACCCACAGAAGGAGGAGUACUUCAGGAAGAGAUUCAGAGAUGAAGAGCAGGCCAACAGAAUCAUCUCCCACAUCAAAACAUCACGAAGCGUCCACAUCAUGUGCCACAUCCCAGUCUUCUGCUGGAUCACUGCUACAGUUCUGGAGGAUGUGUUGAAGACCAGAAAGAGAGGAGAGCUGCCCAAGACCCUGACUGAGAUGUACAUCCACUUCCUGGUGGUUCAGUCCAAACUGAAGAAUAUCAAGUAUGAUGGAGGAGCUGAGACAGAUCCACACUGGAGUCCAAACAGCAGGAAGAUGAUCGAGUCUCUGGGAAAACUGGCUUUUGAGCAGCUGCAGAAAGGCAACCUGAUCUUCUAUGAAUCAGACCUGACAGAGUGUGGCAUCGAUAUCAGAGCAGCCUCAGUGUACUCAGGAGUGUUCACACAGAUCUUUAAAGAGGAGAGUGGACUGUACCAGGACAAGGUCUUCUGCUUCGUCCAUCUGAGUGUUCAGGAGUUUCUGGCUGCUCUUCAUGUCCAUCUGACAUUCAUCAUCUCUGGAGUCAAUCUGCUGGCAGAACAACAAACAACACCCAGGUCUAAAGUCUUCAAAGACAAACGUAAACUAAAAUAUUUCCACCAGAGUGCUGUGGACAAGGCCUUAGAGAGUCAACAAGGACACCUGGACUUGUUUCUCCGCUUCCUCCUUGGUCUUUCACUGCCGACCAAUCAGAAUCUCCUACAAGGUCUGCUGACACAGACAGGAAGUAGCUCACAGACCAAUCAGGAAACAGUCCAGUACAUCAAGAAGAAGAUCGAAGAGACUCCCUCUGCAGAGAGAAGCAUCAAUCUGUUCCACUGUCUGAAUGAACUGAAUGAUCGUUCUCUAGUGGAGGAGAUCCAACAGUCCCUGAGUUCAGGAAGUCUCUCCACAGAUAAACUGUCUCCUGCUCAGUGGUCAGCUCUGGGCUUCAUCUUACUGUCAUCAGAAAAAGAUCUGGAAGUGUUUGACCUGAAGAAAUACUCUGCUUCAGAGGAGGCUCUUCUGAGGCUGCUGCCAGUGGUCAAAGCGUCCAACAAAGCUCUACUGGGUGGAUGUAGCCUCUCAGAGAGAAUCUGUGAACCUCUUUCUUCAGUUCUCAGCUCCCAGUCUUCUAGUCUGAGAGAGCUGGACCUGAGUAACAACAACCUGCAGGAUUCAGGACUGAAGCUGCUUUCUGUUGGACUGGAGAGUCCACACUGUAAACUGGAAACUCUCAGGCUGUCAGGCUGUCUGAUCACAGAGGAAGGCUGUGCUUCUCUGGCAUCAGCUCUGAACUCCAACUCCUCCCAUCUGAGAGAGCUGGACCUGAGUGACAACAACCUGCAGGAUUCAGGACUGAAGCUGCUUUCUGUUGGACUGGAGAGUCCACACUGUAAACUGGAAACUCUCAGACUGUCAGGCUGUCUGAUUACAGAGGAAGGUUGUUCUUCUCUGGUCUCAGCUCUGAGCUCCAACCCCUCCCAUCUGAGAGAGCUGGACCUGAGUGACAACAACCUGCAGGAUUCAGGACUGAAGCUGCUUUCUGUUGGACUGGAGAGUCCACACUGGAAACUGGAAACUCUCAGACUGUCAGGUUGUCUGAUCACAGAGGAAGGCUGUGCUGCUCUGGUCUCAGCUCUGAGCUCCAACCCCUCCCAUCUGAGAGAGCUGGACCUGAGCUACAAUCAUCCAGGAGACUCAGCAACAAAGCUGUCUGCUGGGCUGGAGGAUCCACACUGGAGACUGGACACUCUCAGGGUGGAGCCUGCUGGAGUCCGAUGGUUGAGACCAGGUCUGAGGAAGUAUUCCUGUGAACUCACAGUCGACACAAACACAGUACACAGAAACAUCAAACUGUCUGACAACAGCAGGAAGAUGACAUAUGUGAAGGAGGAUCAGUCAUAUCCUGUUCAUCCAGACAGAUUUGACUUCUAUCCUCAGCUGCUGUGUAGAAAUGGUCUGACUGGUCGCUGUUACUGGGAGGUCGAGUGGAGUGGAUGGGUUUAUAUAUCAGUGAGUUACAGAGGAAUCAGGAGGAGAGGAAACAGUGAAGACUGUUUGUUUGGAUGGACUGAUCAGUCCUGGAGUCUGCAGUGUUCUUAUAAUGGUUACUGUGUCUAUCACAAUAAGAGAAAAACAUCCUCCUCCUCCUCCUCCUCCUCCUCCUCCUCCUCCUCUGGUAGAGUAGCAGUGUAUGUGGACUGUCCUGCUGGCACUCUGUCCUUCUACACAGUCUCCUCUGACACACUGAUCCACCUCCACACCUUCAACACCACAUUCACUGAACCUCUUUAUCCUGGGUUCAGGUUCGGGUUCAGUCCUGGUUCCUCAGUGUCUCUGUGUCCUCUGUAGGAGGGAGAGAGAAACUGUCUCACUGCUGACCAGAUAGUUCAGUCUGUACAGGAUCACACACAGCUGAUGUUAGUUAGUACCAACCUGAUGUGUUUACUGUAAUAGAGGAGGAAGAGGAGGCUGAAGGAAGAGAAGAGCAAAGGAUGCUGGGAUGAAGGGAUCAUGUGUGAGGGUAAUGUGCAGCCUGCAGACGUAGAGAUGAAAGAAAUGAUAGAAAGAAUGAAUCUUCUUCUAUAACUCUGAAAAAAAUGAACCUUUUUAGGAUCAAAUGUGGCUGCUUGUUUUUCAUCAAGCACAGUUAGAGGGAAAGUGUUUUUAUGACUCAAAUAUUAAAGUGUGAACAAAUAUUUGUUUCUGUGAAGAAAAAAUGUGUUCAAAUGUCAAACAAGAGUCUUUCAGGAUCAGAUUCAGCAUCUGAGUAAAAAUGUUUCCAAGGUGUAAAGAGUGGCUUUGAUUGGAACUAAAUUCAUCAUCUUCGGUCAUCGUGGAACAAAUGUACAAACUUUGAUAAGUCAGGUUGAAAUCAAAAGAAAUCAGUUUUGGGAUGAUUCUAGAUAAUAAAUGAUGCUGGAAACCACAUUUAAACACAUGAUGAUUAAACAAUCAACAGUC